AUGCCAAGCUACGUUGUGACUGGGGCAAGCAGAGGACUUGGUUAUGCCUUGGUCAAGGUUCUGGCAUCAAAUCCCCUCAACACAGUCAUUGGACUUGUUCGAGACGCAACUGCUACUCGAGCUCGCCUCGACGCUGACGGCGUACUCAACGUGCACGUUGUAGUCGCAGAUAUUUGCGAUGACACAGCCCUGAGAAAGGCUGCAGAGGAAACGAAACGCUUACUCGGAGGCGCGGGAUUAGAUGUCUUGAUAAACAAUGCCGCCGAGCAUGAUGCGCAAACUGUCUUGGAAGAUGCGCAGAAGAGCUUCGACAUCAAUGUUUCAGGCGUUCUCAAAACCGUUUAUGCUUUCCUUCCACUGCUCCGAGAGGGAAACUUGAAGAAGAUUGUGGGAGUAUCGAGUGGUAUGGGCGAUAUUGAUCUGAUAAAUGGUAUCAAUCUUGCGAACGCAGCUCCUUACGCCAUAAGCAAAGCGGCCUUGACUACCAUGUUUGCAAAAUUCAACGCAGCAUAUCACGAUGAAGGGCUUUUGUUCUUCACCAUUUGCCCCGGCCUCAUCGACACCGCUGAGGGUAAUGAGGGUAAUACCACUUUAUCAAACGAUGACUUGUCUCGCUUACAGACAAUAAAUGCCAAAUUUGAAGAGUAUGCGCCGGGCUUCAAAGCGGCUGACCCAAUUGCCGCUGCGGAGAGCUUUUUAGCAGCGGUUGCUCGCUCAUCAUUGGAGAAGGGCGUGUAG